AUGCCAUCCAAAGGAUUGAACUUGUUGAUUGUAGCUGCUGGUCUCGGCGUUAAUUUGUACGGUUUGUAUGGCGUAAAGUUUGGCUUGCCCAUCGUGGGAUAUGGUGGUCAUUUCCAAUUCUUGACAAUUGUGGGGCUUUUGGUGGCUACAUUAUCCUCUAUUGUUAGAAUCGUCAAUUUGUUGACAGGCACAUUGAGACCUGUUUACGAGGCAUUAACAGCCAUUGCCACGCCUGUAGAGGGAUUGAUCAGUGCUCUUUACUGGCCUAUUGUAUUAUACGACAAGAAGAUGUUGGUGCCCGAUGACACCAUCUUUGAUUUACCUUUGGCUUUGGACGUCAGUUUGCAUCUCAUCCCUACCAUUGUCUGCUGGGUUGACUUUAUGGUAUUCAAUACUGGAUAUAAGCGAUCUCCUAUCCACAUCUUGGCCAUCUACGCCUUUACCAUGAUCUAUUUUGUGUGGGUCAACAUUUGCUAUGAGCAUAAUGGUUAUUGGCCAUAUCCUUUGUUGGGUAUGUUCAAGAACGACGCACAAAGAGGCGCCUUCUUCUUGGGCUGUGGUUGGUUUUGCUCUCUUUUAUACAAGAUCAUUGCUAAAGGACAUUCCAUGAUUCAUCCUGGCGAUAAGAAGGAAACUGUGCAGGAUCUCAAAAAUAAAAAGAGUCUGUAA